GUGGCACGAGCCUUACGUUUGGGUCGGGCGCCAUGACAGUAGAGGGCAGACACCGCUAGCGUCCUGAUCGCUCGCUGAGCGUCACGUGUCCGCUCUAAAACGCCCGAGCCGCCCAGGCGGUUGGCCGCAGUGGCGGGUGGCGCUGGGCCCGGCGAGGAAGAUGGCCGCCCCUGCCGGCUGGGCCUCGCUCUGUGAGAAGUUCCGCAGCUCGCUGAGUCUCUCCAACGUGGAGUCUAAGAAGGACCCGGAGAACGAGCCCUACCGCUCCAAGUACGGCGCCCGGGAGCUGCUGGAGGAGAUCAGGCAGCUGCUGGGCUCGGAGGAGGCGUCCGAGGCCGAGGGCGCCCCUGCGGGGGAGGCGGCGGCGCUGCGGGCCGUGCGGCUGGCCGUGGUGGAGUAUGAGCUCGGGGUGAACCACACCGAGACCGAGGAGCUCUCUGCCGGCGAGGAGCACCUGCUGAAGUGCACCCGGCUGCUGGAGCGCCACCGCCUCUCCCGGGACUGCGUCUCCCUCUACAUUCAGGCCCAGAACAAUUUGGGUAUCCUGUGGUCGGAAAGAGGUGAAAUUAAAACAGCACAGACUUACUUGGAAUCUGCAGAGGCGUUGUAUAAUCAGUACAUGAAAGAGAAUGGGAACCCUCCCCUUGAUCCCAGUGAACACUUCAUGGCUGAAGAAGAAAAACUUACAGAUCAAGAAAGAUCAAAAAGAUUUGAAAAAGCCUAUACCCAUACAUUAUAUUAUCUGGCCCAAGUCUACCAACACCUGGAAAUGAUUGAGAAGGCUGCCCAGUAUUGCCAUACCACCCUUAAACGACAGCUUGAGUACAGCGGCUACUAUCCAGUAGAAUGGGCUCUGAAUGCUGCUACCUUGUCACAAUAUUAUCUCACUAAGCAAUGCUUUAUGGAGUCUCGACACUGUUUAGCAGCUGCUAAUGUUAUCUUUAGCCAAGCUGGACAGGUUCCUUCUUCAGAGGACAAUGAAACAGAACAAGACCAACAGGAUCUUCGACAGAGAAAAGCUGAAAUUGCAAGAUGUUGGAUUAAGUACUGCUUGACUCUUUUGCAGAGUGCUCGGAAAUCACUUGAGGAUAACAUCGGAGAGUUGGAUCCAGACAGGCAAUCAGAACUUAAAGCUCAAAGGAAAAAAGAGGAAGAUGAAAAAGAGAAGGGCAGGAAGAAAGCUGUCCUCUUUGGAACCAGUGAUCUAUGUGACUCUAUAUUAGCCACAGAAGAGAAAGUGAGCUGUAUAUGUCCUUUAGAUUUUCAAGAAGCCAGAGAAGUCUUCCUAGUGGGUCAGAAUUAUGUUCAUGAAGCAAAAGAGUUCUUUCAGUUUGAUGGCUAUGUUACUGACCAUAUUGAAAUUGUUCAGGACCACAGUGCCUUGUUUAAGGUGCUUGCUUUCUUUGAAGAAGAUUAUGAGAGACGCUGCAAGAUGCACAAGCGUAGAAUAGAUAUGCUGGAGCCCAUGUACGUGGAUUUGAAUCCACAGUAUUACCUGUUGAUCACUAGGCAGCUUCAGUUUGAAUUAGCAGACACUUAUUAUGAGAUGAUGGAUUUAAAGGUAGCUAUUGGUAACAGGCUAGAGGAACUCGACUCUCAUACUAUAAAAAAAAUUAAUUCUCUGGCUCAGUUAGCAGUCAAGUACUAUGAACUCUUCUUAGAUUCUCUGAGGAACCCAGAUAAGAUAUUUCCUGAAAAACUCGAGGAUGAUGUUCUUCGCCCUGCAAUGGUGGCCAAAUUUCACAUUGCACGAUUAUAUGGCAAGCUUAUUACUUCUGAUGGCAAGAAACAACUGGAGAAUAUGCAGACCUCAUUGGAAUAUUACACAUUUCUGGUAGACUAUUGUGAGAAGCAUCCAGAAGCUGUCCAGGCCAUAGAAACUGAACUAGAACUCAGUAAAGAAAUGGUUGGUCUGCUUCCAACAAGAAUGGAGAGGCUAAAAGCCAAACUGUCUCCGUUCCGUUAAACCCUUGUCUUCAGUGAAUGGAAAUGUGCAAUAUUAAAAUGAUGUCUGUCAAACAUACUUUGGGACAGUUCCCAUACCUUGUUGUUGCCCUUAGCAUUCAGAUGUCUGCAGCUAUAAGAUCCGGGUAUGUUAGGCACUAUAGAACUUUUUUUAAAAUUGAGAACUCUCUGGUUUAGUUUCUCACCCAUGCUAAUGGUAUAAACUUUAAAUGUAAAGUGAAUGUCCAUUUGAUGAUUUGUAGUGCAUGCUCUUUAUGUAAAUACAAACCCUGCCUGCCUGCCUUUCUUCCUCCAGUACAUAAUUCAAUUUCUAAAUGUAGUGUUGUACUUCAGAUGUUUCUUUUAAGGGCACCUUUUGGGUAGCUUGACUGGUCCUAGAAACCUUUAAUAAGAAUCAGACUUUAGGCAUGCUUUCUGUCUACUAGACAGGUUUUAGUCUUUCUAACCCAUGCUCCAAAGAUUAUCCAUAUGGAAAGGAGCCUGAUUGUCCUGUAUUUUGUAUGUUGAUAAGUGACUUUUGUUGCAAUUAAACACACCUAUUAGAGGCUCAAUAAAUGGACUUGCUUGACUAAA